AUGUGCUCCCUGCUGUGGCUCUUAACAGACAGAAAUAUCCUGGAGGAUUACCCACAGAUGUGCAUCCUGGAGGCUCUGAAGCAGCGCUGCAGAGAUCAGAAGGUGGGCUUCACUUUGGUGCUAAUGGAUCAGAUUGCCCUCACUGUCAUUGAUGGCAAGUUGGGCUUGCAAAUUAAUCAGAAGAUUGUGACUGCUUACCCUCAAGUGAUACUGGUUCGGGUCCCAACUCCAAAAGUGCAAUCUGACAGCGAUAUAACUGUUUUGCGUCACCUUGAAAAACUGGGCUGCCGUCUAGUGAAUUGCCCACAAGCCAUUUUAAACUGCAUUAAUAAGUUUUGGACAUUUCAGGAAUUAGCUGGAUAUGGAAUUCCUUUACCUGAUACUUUUUCAUAUGGUGGGCAUGAUGAGUUUUCAAAAAUGAUAAAUGCAGCAGAACCUCUGGGAUAUCCUGUUGUGGUGAAAAACACUCGAGGGCAUCAAGGGAAAGCCGUGUUUCUUGCACAAGAUAAGCACCACUUACUGGACAUAUGCCAUCUGCUGCGGCACAAUGCCCCAUACCUGUUUCAGAAGUACGUGAAGGAGUCCCAUGGGAAGGAUGUCCAGGUGGUUAUUGUUGGAGGAUGCGUGAUAGGCUCAAUGCUGCGCUGUUCUACUGAUGGAAGAAUGCAGAGCAAUUGCUGCUUGGGUGGUGUGGGUACAAGUUUCCCUCUCAGUGCACAAGGAAAACUGUUAGCUCUGCAAGUGUCUACCCUUCUUGGAAUGGAUAUAUGUGGCAUCGACCUUCUUUUAAAGGAUAAUGGUUCUUUUGUGGUUUGUGAAGCUAAUGCAAAUGUUGGUUUUACAGAAUUUGACCAAGCAUGUAAAUUAGAUCUUGGUGGUAUUAUAGCAGAUUAUGCAAUAUCCCUACUCCCAAGUAGGCCAUCAAAAGAAAUGCCUCUGUUACCUGCAGUCUCCAUCCCCCCAGAAAUCAAUAAGACAAAAGCACAAGCCUCUGCCAGCGUUUAUACUACAAGUGAUGGAUUAAGCUGUAGUAAUAGUGCUUCUGAUGUAGAGGAAAUCAGGGAUUCUAUCAAUGUGCCAAAGCCAUGUUCCCCAGUACUGACAGAUAGCAUCUAUAAUGAUGUUACCAAGUAAACUACCUCUCCAUUUUUAUGUUUAAUGUAAAUUAAUGCAAUUAUAAAAUAAAUCACAGUGGCCAACUCGGCUUUGCAGGGGCUUGCAAAGAAUUAAAGAAAUAUGUUCUGAGCCACUCUACUGCUGAAAAGUUAUUUUAAUAAUGCUGCUUCCGUGUCUCAUCGGUAACAAGAAUGAUCAUUUCUUUUUUAUUUGCAAGUGUGAAAUGCUAAGUGGUUGUUUAAAG